GAGGAUCGGCACCCGCUCCCUCCACUCCACGGGGAGACUGCAGACUACCUAGACUUUGGCCCCAGAGGUGAAGGGAUCCCUGGAGGCACAGAGGAGACGUGUGCCAGAUUCCACCAGCGGUGUUCUCAGGAUGGUUACUGCACAGACUUCCCCUCCGGGUUCUGCUGCCACUGCCGGUCCGGCUACUACGGCAACGGGCACCAGUGCCUGCCGGAGGGCGUCCCUCAGCGCGUGAGUGGGAAGGUUCAGGGCGUCGUGUCUGUGGGGAACAGCCUGGUGGAGCUGGGCGGUGUGGACCUGCAUGCCUACAUGGUUGUGGGCGACGGGCGCGCCUUCACCACCCUCAGUCAAAUCCCCGAGCUGGCAGGCCGGGCCCUGAUGCCCCUCACCCCCAUUGCCGGCUUGUUCGGGUGGCUGUUUGCCAUGGAAACGCUGGACCACCAGAACGGAUUCAGCAUCACCGGGGCUGAGUUCACCUGUCACACGGAUGUGACGUUCAGUCCUGGAAACCAGCAUGUCUCCAUUGUUCAGCAAGCAGAGGGUCUGGACUACCACAACUACCUGAGUGUGGACACCCGUAUCCAUGGUGAUGUGCCCUUCAUAGCUCCUGGGGCAACAGUGCAAAUUGAGCCAUACAGGGAGACAUACCAGUACCAACAAUCAGUGGUGACAGCCUCAUCGGUGCGCGAGUACACGGUGGUUUCAGCGGAUGGCGGGAAGGAGACCUUCUCCUUCCUGCUGCAUUGGAACAUCUCAUACAGGAACUGUCCCCACGGUCCCCGGGCCAGCCCUGACACCCAGCAGCUGGGCGUGGAACGCGUCGCCAUCCUGUACGAGGAGGAGGAGCACAGCCUUAGAUACGCCUCCGCCAACGUGAUAGGGCCUGUUGGAGAGGACCCUUCAAAGCCAGUGUUAGUGAACCCCUGCUCGGACGGCACCCAUGACUGCCACACUGCUGCCCUCUGUCUGCCGGGUGAGGGCACAGAGUUUCAGUGCCAGUGUGCCGUGGGGUACUGGGGUGACGGCCAAAGCUGUCAUGAUGUAGAUGAGUGCACAGAGGGUCUCAGUAUGUGCGGCCCUCUCUCCCAGUGUGUGAAUGUUCCAGGCGGUCACCAUUGCCUGUGUCUUGGCGGAUACCAGCUUGGACCUGAUGGCCAGACCUGCAUAGAUAUCGAUGAGUGCCUGUCCCAGCUGUGCCACGCCCACGCCUCCUGCACAAACUCCCCUGGCUCCUUCCAGUGUCGAUGCAGGCACGGGUACGAGGGGGAUGGGUUCCUUUGCCUGCCCCUUAGUGUCCACCCACAGCGCACUUUGACCCAGUGUGAGCAGCACAGAGAUGCCCUGCUGGGGGGUCUGGGAGCUUGGAGGGGUGGACCCAUGGUGGGAGGGGGCUUUGUGCCCCAGUGUGACGAGGACGGCGGGUACAGACCCCUUCAGUGCCAUGCCACCACAGGACAAUGCUGGUGCGUGGACAGCAGGGGGCAGGAGCGAGCAGGUACCAGGACACUCCCAGCCAUGCCACACCCCAACUGUGACCAGCCACCCCCGCCCCUGCCACGCCUGGAGACGGCGUGCGAGCGUUGGAGGACGAGCCUGCUGGAGCACUACGGGGGCCAGCCGGACCCGCGGGACUACCUGCCGCAGUGCGACGCCCUGGGCCAGUUUGAGCCCGUGCAGUGCUACGGAGAGAGCACCUACUGCUGGUGCGUGGACCGUGACGGGAGGGAGGUGGUCGGGACGCGCUCGCACGACGCCGUGAGGCCCGCCUGCAUUCCAACUGUGGCCCCUCCCACAUUACUGCUGCAGCCCCACCCUGAUGUAACUCCGCCCCUUUCAGGACCCACCCUCCUGUAUGCUCAGGGCCAGCAGAUUGGGGUGUUGCCCAUCAACGGGCCUCACCUGGACAAGGAGGGGGCCUCAGUACUGCUAACACUGCAGGGAUCCAUUGUGGUUGGGAUUGACUAUGACUGCCAAGAGCAGAAGAUAUACUGGACAGACCUUGCCACACGGACCAUCAGCAGAGCCAGGCUAGAGCCAUGGGCAGACUCUGAGACUGUCAUCAACUCAGGGCUGACCAGUCCUGAGGGCCUGGCUGUGGAUGCACAUCAUCGGGCAUUGUUCUGGGUCGACAGUGGAACGGACAGAAUCGAAACAUCAGGCCUGGAUGGCAGUGGGAGAAGGAUUCUGUUUGACGAAGACCUGGUCAACCCCAGAGCCAUUGUGGUGGACCCUCCCAGUGGAAUGCUGUACUGGACGGAUUGGAACAGAGACGCCCCAAAAAUUGAGAGCUCCACAGUGGAGGGCCAUGACAGGAAGGUGGUGGUGCAUGACAGGAUUGGACUGCCUAAUGCCUUGACCUUUGACCCCUCCACAAAAUACCUGUGCUGGGCAGAUGCAGGCACAAAACGUCUGGAGUGUGUGUACCCCGAUGGGACAGGGAGACGAGAGAUCCAAAGUGAUCUGAGCUAUCCCUUCAGCAUGGUGCGCUACGACAGCCAUUUCUACUUCUCUGAUUGGAGGAGGGAAGCAGUCUUGGUCCUGAGUGAGGAUGGCCGUCAGGUGACAGAUGAAUACCUGCCCGAUCAGAGGUCACAGGUGUAUGGAGUCACUAUCACCUCUCCCUUCUGCCCAUCAGGUAAAUAUGUCACUAUCACCUAUCACGAGAGCAGUGAAUACGGCUAA